GAAAACGAGGAAAAAAGAUGAUAAAGCAACAAAAAGAAAAAGCUGAGCUUUGAACUUUCUUUGAACAGAAUGGCUUACAGUCACGGCAAGAUUUCAUUUUCCGGCCUCGCUUCAAGUGCAAAAGCUCCGCCGUGAGCAGCCGCGGCCAAGAUGUCUGAAACGGGCGUCCCCAGGCUGGGCACGGCGAUCCACAUUACGGCGCUGGACGGGAUAAUACACGUGAAUUCCCUGUUUUCUCUGGCGGUGUUCGUCGGGUUAUCGUGGAACCCUCGGGACCCGAAUAACCGGCUCACCGACGACCCGAAAUGCCUGCCGGACCCGAAAGUGGCGGAGGAUCUGGUGGCGUUCCACGUCUACUCCUUCGCGUGUUUCCUCUACUCCAGCCUCAUCGCUCUGUGCCUGAAGCAGGCCCUCCGCCUCUCCUCCACCCGCGCCCAUCACCACACCGUUUUCACCUUCACCUUCGACUUCGCCCACAUCAACAAGACCGCACUCCGGGUCGGGUACCUGGUCUCCGCUGCGGGUUCGGCUUCUGGGUGCAUUUGCUUGAUGCUUGCUUUGAUCAAUGUCGUUGAGGUAAAGCUGGGAACUCUGGGGUGUGGGAGUCGCCAUAGCUAUGGAGCUGUCAUCCCUCUCGUGACUUUUGUGCCAUUAGGGCUUCUGUUAUAUGUAUGCAUCGUCGUCUAUGCUUUCACUCGUUAACUUGCCCACAAACUGUUUGUCAAUUUGUCCUGUAUU